AGUCGCCUGCCUCCGCCUCCCAAGUAGCUGGGACCACAGGAAAGUGAAAAAAAUCUUAUGAUGAGCACAUUGUACAAGCUCCAUGAUCGAUUGGCACAGCUUGCAGGAGAUCAUGAAUGUGGCAGUUCUAGUCAAAGAACUCUUUCUGUCCAAGAGGCAGCUGCAUAUUUAAAAGAUCUGGGUCCUGAAUAUGAGAAUGUAUUUAACACCUCAUUGCAGUGGAUCUUUGAAAAUGGAAAAGAUGUUGGAAUAAGGUGUGUUGGUUUUGUCCCUGAGGAAGAGUUGACAAAUAUAACUGAUGUGCAGUUUUUACAGUCCACAAGACCACAGAUGUCUUUCUGGUGUCGCUUUCGACGUGCUUUCAUUACUGUAACCUACAGGUUAUUGUUGUUGUGCUUGGGUGUAGUGAUGGUUUGUGUCGUUCUGCGUUACAUGAAGUAUCGCUGGACUAAGGAGGAGGAGGAGACAAGGCAGAUGUAUGACCUGGUGGUGAAGAUCAUAGAUGUUUUACGAAGUCAUAAUGAAGCUUGCCAGGAAAAUAAAGAUUUACAGCCUUACAUGCCUAUCCCACAUGUGCGCGAUUCCUUAAUACAGCCUCAUGACAGGAAAAAAAUGAAGAAAGUCUGGGACAGAGCUGUCGACUUCCUUGCCGCUAACGAGUCCAGAGUUCGCACAGAAACUCGGAGGGUAGGCGGGGCUGAUUUCCUGGUUUGGCGGUGGAUCCAGCCCUCUGCAUCUUGUGACAAGAUAUUAGUCAUACCUUCUAAAGUAUGGCAAGGUCAAGCAUUUCAUUUAGACAGAAGAAAUUCACCGCCAAAUAGUUUGACACCGUGUCUAAAGAUUCGAAAUAUGUUUGAUCCAGUUAUGGAAAUAGGUGAUCAGUGGCAUUUGGCAAUCCAAGAAGCCAUUUUAGAAAAAUGCAGUGAUAAUGAUGGCAUUGUUCAUAUUGCGGUAGACAAAAACUCACGUGAGGGUUGUGUAUAUGUUAAAUGUCUGUCCCCAGAAUAUGCUGGAAAAGCUUUUAAGGCAUUGCACGGCUCUUGGUUUGAUGGGAAAUUGGUGACAGUAAAGUAUUUGCGACUAGAUAGAUACCACCACCGCUUCCCACAGGCGCUUUCUUGCAGCACUCCCUUGAAGCCGUCAAACAAGCACCUGAGCUCCCUGUCGCACCUCCGCCUGCGCACCGGCCCAGCCACUUCCCAGGGAGGCUCCUGAAGAGAUGUUUUUCCUCUCCUAAGACUGUUACUUACAAUAGGAAAAUUCCUGUUCGGCUUUUUGUCUUCCUUUUAAAAUGCUUUUUGUAUGUAAUAUUUUUAUUGAUGAAUACAGCUCUGUUUGAACGUUCCAGAAAUCUUAAGGUUUCAAAGGGAUUUAGCAGUGAGGCAGCAAUGCUGAGUAGGUAGAAUAGAUUUUUCAUUCAGUUUUUGGAGCUCAGUUAAACCAAUGCAUUUAAAGUUUUGCAUGAGGAACACUGACUUUAUUAAGCAUUUUCAGAUAUGGUGGUUGUAUUUUUGCACCAAGAAGUGUUUGGAUAACCACCCAAAAGCAUGGUGAGGAGGCUUCUUGUAUUCCCAUAAUUUCUUGUGAACUAACCUUGUGAAUUUUUGUGUGCAGUCACCUGCAUUGUUCCUCACACUAAUGUGGUAAAACUGUUCAUUUCCCCAUUUAACCCUAGGUUUCUUUUGCUUGUAAGAAAUUCAUUUGCUACAGUUGGAAAUAUGGGACAAUUAAUAAUUUGGGUUAGUGGUCACAUAUGUGUCAGUGGAUGAACUUGUACUAAACUGGCUUCUGUAUAUAUGUGUAAAUGCUGGUGGUGGUGGUGAAAGCAGUCUUGUGAGGAUGUCUGCAUUAAAGCAGUAAAAUAAGCUUUCUAUUUUAUUCAUAAUCUAAUGUGUGUGUAUAUGUAUGUGUGUGCGUGUGUGUGUGUGUGUACAUGUGUAUAUGUGUACACUCACACAGGGAUACAUGUGGCUGUACUAUCACAUAGAUUACACAGCCAAACACCUGGAAGUAUUAGAUACAAGUUUAAAAUAUCUUUUAUAGGUUUUAUAUAAAAAAAGUCUCAGUAUGAUUUUGUGUGAAAGUUGUGAUGCCAGUUGUAAUGGAUUUAAAUUCAUGUGAGCAAUAAAGAAGAAAUUGGCAGAUGUUGGAAAAAUAUUUUGUGAAAAGCUGUAUUUAUUAUAAAUACUAGGGCUGUGACAUAGUACCAUUGGGAUUAAGUAAUGUUCCUGGUCUAUUUAUAAUUUAAUGAAAUGUUAGUGCCCCUCUUAUAUCUCAGAUUCAUCGCAGGGCACAUCGUUGCAGCAAAACAUGCAUUUGACAAAUUAUACUCGUAAUUUUGGGUCAUAAAAGUUUGCAGUAUAGUAAAGGCACAAGUGACUGUUGUUUUGUGCCUCAGUAUUUAAUUUGUUUCGGUAAAGUUACUUUAUUGUUGUUUAUGAUUUCAGAUUAAAAUAGUUGCUGAACAAAAUUGGCUAGUAAUCUAGCAAUUGGCUUUUAAAAAAUUACCUGUUGAUUGUUGGUCCAAAUGAGUAUGUGAAACAGCUGGGGUUGUACCAAUUUUUAUUUCGUCUAAAGUUCAGUUUUCCUUUUUGUUUGUGGUAAAUGUGUGGUGUUUGCAGCAUGAACUUGCACAGAUAACGCACGUUUCUGGCUACGCAAACGCAAUGUGCAUUGUCUGUAGCAGGGAGCCCGGCCGUGCCUUACCCAUGUGCUUCUGUGGGCACCGUGUUUAUGAAGAAUAAAAAAUGGUUUGUUAUCUGAAGAGAAUCAAUUUAAAAUUCUCAAUUUAUGUCUCAGAUGCUAAUGUGUGAAAAUAUAAAUAUAUAUAAUAUAUAAAGUACCCAUCUUUCUGUAUUUUAUGUGCAUCAUAGUGAUUUAUCUGAGCUUAGUGGCCCCAUCUUGUAACCUGUUGCAAGAGUGAAUGUAAAAACUAGUCGUGGCAUUUUACAAGGUCGCCUUUUGAUGCAGAUGCAUCUUUUCCUUGCUUCUGAAACAUAUUUCAUGUAAACAUUGUACAUUUAUUAUUGUAAUAUAUACUAUUUGCAGCUUAUUUUACCUGAAACUGUUAAGCUGACCAAGAUCCCUUCCUGCAAGACAGAUGGGAAUGUGCAUAGUAACCAGGCAUUGGAGAAGUUCUGAAGUUUGAUGUAAUCUGUUAUUUGUCCUGUUUCAAAAAGGAAAAAAAUUCUAAUUAAAAAUUUAUUAGGUUUUUUUUAA